AUGAGCAUAUCCCGUCAAUCUGAAGAAGCUCCUUCAGCCUCAACAUCUCGCCCAUCAAAUGACAUUGCCACAGUCUCACUCAAACACGGCGAAGCURAAGCUGAAGUAUUCGGCGGCGAAGAUGGUCUCAAGUUCCGGACCGUGGGUUGGCUGGCGGCAGCAGUGUUCAUGAUCAAGAUGACAUUCGCAACGGGGGUAUUGUCAAUCCCAGCAGCCCUGUAUACGCUGGGCGCAGUUGCAGGCUCAAUCUUCAUCGUCUUCUGGGGUCUUCUUAACACAUACAUGGCCCACGUACAAGGCCGGUUCAAAAUCGCCCAUCCAUCAAUCCACACCAUAUCGGACGCUACAUAUAUCGCGACACUCAGUUUCGGAGGCUCGAUUCGCAUGGCAAACAUUGUCAGAGAACUGACUGACACACUAUACCUCAUCACUUGGGCCCUCAUCUCUGGAGUGUCCAUGCUGGGACUCUCCGUCGCCCUGAAUGCCGUUUCAAGCCACGCCACAUGCAGUAUUAUCUUCGGCUUCGUGUCAUUUUUCGUCGUCUCUUCCGUCGCCAGCAUUCAAAGGAUCCACAAACUCCGCUGGCUGACCUGGAUCGGCUUCGGCUCCAUCCUGAUAGCCAUUUUGAUAGUCGUCAUUGCAGUGACCAUCCCAGUCCGGCCAGCAGCAGCUCCUCAAACUGGCAACUUUGACCUUGGAUUUCUUGCCUUGCCUCCAAAAGAGACGACAUUCGUAACGGCAUGGACUGCUUCCCUGGCCAUCUUCUCUUCAUCAGCAAACACUUCCGGCUUCAUCCCAGUGAUAUCAGAGAUGAAACGACCACAAGACUUCUUCAAAAGCAUGUACACCUGCAUGGCAUGGGUGACUAGCGCAUAUCUUUCCCUUGCUCUGACAGUGUAUGCGUACUGCGGGAAGUGGGUGGCAUCUCCUGCUCUUGGAUCUGCGGGACCGACCAUCAAGAUCAUCGCUUAUGCGAUUGCCAUUCCGGGCAUGAUAGUUGGCGCCAUGAUUCUAGUUCAUGUUGCUGCGAAGAGCCUAUUCGUCAAGCUGUUGCGAGGAACGAGACAUUUGUCCGAGAACACGAAGACGCACUGGGCGGUUUGGCUCUCGUGCACAUACGGUGUUGGCCUCGUCGGCUGGAUUCUUUCCGAGGCAGUACCGAUAUUCUCUUCGCUCGUCUCUCUAAUCGGUGCCCUUGGCUUCGGACCGUUGGGGAUCUGCUUGCCUGCUGUGUUGUGGUUCUCCCUAGAGCGAACGUCGACCAUCGACAUAUCACCAAUGAGCACGCUGAAAAGAUGGACUGCUUGUAUCUGUCACCUACUCAUCUUCCUUCUGGGCUUGUUGGUCACCAUUGGCGGCACCUACGCCAAUGUGAUCAGUAUCAACGACCAAUUCAAGGCCGGCAAUGUCGGGAAAUCAUUCCAGUGUGCAGAUAAUAGCGGGACGAUCGUCUCGAGCUAG